AUGGGUUCAAUAAAAGGUCCUGUUUCUUCGGGUAAUCAUGAAGGACGUCAGAAGAAACAUAAAAGUUGUCAAAAGAAGUCACUUGAUACACUCUUUUUAAAAGAAAGUUUGAUAUGGGAUGUUCACAAUAAUAAUGUAGAUUCUAUAUUUUUGUCUUCUAUUUCAGAAAAUUUAGAUCCUACAAAAGCCCUUGCUGCUCGUUUUAAUACAUGGAGAAGCUUAUUAAAAGAGCUUAUUGUAUAUUUUAAAGCGGUUGUUCAUGUUCAAGAAGUUAAAGCAGUUGAGUUUAAGAAAUUAGGGAAUGUAUUAAGUAAUAAUUUUUGUGAUAAAUUUUCUUUUCAGGAUGGUGGACUUAGAGAAGCUGAGAAGUUUUUUUGUGAAUGGAAUCGGAAGUAUUCUAUUUAUUUGUCUACAAUGCCGAAUAGUGUAAAUGUGGAUAUUAUUUCAAAAUUAGAGAAAGAAAGAACUAUGUUGAGUGAUAGUGUUAAAGAUGUUAUGAAGAUGUCUUCUAGAUUUCGUAAUAAUUUAUCUAAGGAAACGGAUGCUGCUAAAAGGGAUUCUCUCUUAACAUGGGAAUUUAAUCCUGAAAAAAUUACCCCUAAAACAGAUCCAUAUCUUCUUAAGUUCGUUUUAGAGAAGCAAAUUAUGCAAAUGCUUUUAGAAGAGAAUUCGCUGCACCGGGCUUAUUUGGAUAUAGACGAUUAUUGUCGUAGAAUUGAAAAUCAUGUGAUAGAUACAAUUCGACAAGUUUUUUGUCAAUAUAAAGAUGAUUUUCAGAAAGAAAUUGACUUCGUUUGCAAUUUCAAUAAGGAUAUUGGUGUUAUAGGUGGUUCUAUUUCUCUUAACAAAGGAUGGAAUAGUUUUAUUAGAGAAGCAAUGGGGCUCUGUAAUAAUAGUGAGGAUUCUGUUGGUUUUAGGGCUCCUAGAUGUCUUAGUGAUGUUUUAUAUGGUCAGAAUCAUCCUGCUGCUAAGGAAAUACGUUGUGGUAGUCUUGAAAGAAGAACUAAAAUUCUUAAAUCUUAUAAUACUGGGUUUUAUGUGCUUACACCAUCAGGAUUUCUCCAUGAGUUUAAGUCCAGUAAUUUUAAUUGUGGUCAGACGCCAAUUAUGUCAUUAUCUCUUCGUGAUUAUGAAAUCAGUGAUCAUAGUCCUGUAAAUGCUAAAUCAUAUAAAUUUUCUUUGAAGGGAUAUAAAAAUGAGUAUUCUAGUCGGUAUGCUGUUGUUUAUAUGUGUUUAUGGGGUCCUGUUGGGACAAGAACAUAUCAAGAAUUACUUGAUUGGUACAAUGAUAUCAAAAUGUUUGCAGGACGGUCAUAUAUGUCCGAUGAAGAAUAUAGGGAUUACAUUGUAGCUUUACAGAUGAAAAAUAUAUCAGAUAAUAAAAUAAUACAUGAUCAAAAUGGGGUAUUUGAUCGAGAACAUCUUUCUCAGGAGUCAGAUAGUGACUUUAAGGAUACUGUUGAUGUGGUAGCAGCAUCUGUUGUUCCAUAUCAAGGAACGCAGCUUCAAACUCUUGACACGGAUUAUGAGGGAGAUAAGAUAAAUGAAAAGGAAACGCAGAAUUUUGAUGAUAAUGUGUCAACGCAUGCGCCUGUUUUAUUAGAUUCCUCUAAUGCGUGCUUGAAUGAUUCUGACAAUCAAAAAGAAGUGGCUACUUUGAAAUCGUCUUUAAGGGAUUCUUCAUAUUAUUCGUCAACUGAUGAAUGUCCUUGUCCUUUGAAAUCUCAAAAGUCUUUUGAUUCUGAGCCUGGUCUAAAUAGACGGUCAAUUGAUGUAGAAAAGAGUCUUGAUCAAGAGUCUGGUUCUUUACAUGUGCCAUUAGAAUCUCAGAUAAAUAAUUCUAAAUUAUCUGUAUUAUUGGAGUCUCAAACAAAUAAUUCCAAAUUAUCUGUAUUAUUGGAAUCUCAAACAAAUAAUCAGAAUCUUUGUCCAAUACUGCCUUCUACUUUAGAUCAGUCGCCUAUUUCUGUAACUGUUCAGUCUAAAUCUAAGGAAGACUUGGAAGAAUCUGUAUAUCUUAAUACGGAUACAGCUUAUAUUUCUACAGAUAAAUUAAGUUUAGAAAAAGUUCCGCUUCCCGUAUCUGUGAAAAGUGCUGAGUCUUUAAUAAAUGAAGAACAUGGUGCAUCUAAUAGGUCUUCUAAGGUAUUGGAUACUGCUAAACCAUUUUGUUCGCCUCAAGAGUCUUUGAAUAAACUAGAAUGUCAAAUGUUAUCUGGUACAUUUGAUUCAGCAGUUUUAGAGAAUUCAUGUCUUGUAGAUGAGCCAGAUGGUGAUUUGCAAGAACAAGUAUUAAAUAAUAGUGAUAUUGUUUUAAAAGAAUCAAAUGUUAAAGUAUAA